GUUGGGGGUAUAUUCUUAUACUAUGUUCGGACCGACAUUGAAAACAUGUUUUCGUGGGAAAAACUGGUUUUCGCACGAAAACUUGUGUUUUCGUCCAUGUAAAAUCUGUCAAACGAAAACACAGUUUUCGCUGAAAACUUCUUGAAAACUUACAUUCCACUCAUUAUAAUCGGUGCCUGCUCUAGUUUAAUCGAUUUUUUUGGAAGACAUAUUUUGCCGGCCCUAAAUUGUCACUUGAUAUUUGUUUACAUUCCAUAUAAAAUACAGCUGACAAGUAAAUCAUUUCGAAAAUGGAAAAACAAAAGUACAAAAAAAGAAGUUGUUGGAGUGAUAGGGCAGAAGCCCUAUUAAUUGAAUUGUGGCGGAACAAAGUAAGUGCUUUUCGCGGACCCAAGAAGAACAGCCAUAUAGUGGAGGAAAUGGCAAUGGAGAUGCAGCAACAAGGUGUGCAUUUCACGGCGAGUGAAAUAAAGUCGAAAAUGCACAACCUUUCACAGAGAUAUAGGAAAGAGAAGACAGCAGUCGGGUCAACUGGCGGUUCUCCCUCGCAGUGGCCACUUUACGAGAAAAUGAGAGCCGUACUGUUGCCGUACGUCAGCUACAAUGCCGAGAACUUAGUGGAGGAAAGUUUUCAAAGUUCUACUAACUCUGAACCACUCCAAAUUUCGGUGGAAACGGCUGCGUCUUCUACAUUUGUUGCUGCAUCUCCAUUGUCAUCACCGGUUUGCCUACCAUCGCCCUCAGCUAUGCCGAUGUCGCCAAGCGAUACUUCUUCGGUACCAGUACCGUCUCCCGAGCCGAGUGAUGCUAUCAAUAAAAAAAGGAAUAAUUUUCAAACCAUAAUUUUAAAAAAAUUUGACCACAUAGAAAAGCAGCUCGAAAAAGCAAAUCAGCAAUCCCUUGAAAUCAGCAACGAAAUAAGGGACUUGUCAAAAAAAAUGGUUGAAAAUGAUAACAAAAAAACAGAAAUGAUGGAACAAUUUAUAAAAGAUAGUAAAGAAACAAAUAAAAGAUUGCUUCAAUUUCUAAAUAAAUAAAAAAAUGAAUAUAAG